CACUGGAGCAUCUUGUUUCCACUCGGCCGAUUGCUGGCGUCACAUCAGAGAAGAAAGAGAGACGGGAGAGGAGGAGAGGAGGAGAGAGGAGAGAGGGAGGAGGAAAGCCAAGAGACCAGAGAGAGGAGCAGAGAGACAGAUACACAACAGAUAACAGGCUAACAGAGAGAUAACCAGGCUAACAGAUAACCAGGCUAACAGAAAGGCUAACAGACAGGCUAACAGAAAGGCUAACACAAAGAUAACCAGGAUAACAGACAGGCUAACAGACAGGCUAACAGACAGAUAACCAGGCUAAAAGAAAGGCUAACAGACAGGCUAAAAGACAGAUAAGAAGCUAAUUAAAGAGGUAAACAGUGAAUGGGUUUAACACAGAUGGAGUCUGAAGAGAAUCUGCUCAACGUUUUUCUGCUGCUGCUGUUCGGAUCACUCUUCACCAUGGUGGGUCCUUCUGCCCCGGAGGAGGGCUGGCAGGUGUACAGUUCAGCGCAGGACUCUGAAGGUCGAUGUGUUUGUACGGUGGUUGCUCCCCAGCAGACGGUCUGCUCCAGAGAUGCUCGAACCAAACAGCUCAGACAGCUGCUGGAGAAGGUUCAGAAUAUGAGUCAGUCCAUCGAGGUUCUGGACCAGCGGACUCAGAGAGAUCUGCAGUUUGUGGAGAAAAUGGAAGAACAGGUGAAAGGUCUGGAAAACAAAUUCAAACAGGUGGAAGAUGGACAUGAGAGCAACAUCGCUAGACAGUACAAGUCCAUAAAGGUAAAGAUGGAGGAGUUACGUCCUUUGAUCCCGGUCCUGGAGGCCUACAAGGCGGAUGCUCUGCUGGUCCGACAGUUUAAGGAAGAGGUGGCGAAUGUGACAGAGCUCCUGGGAUCGCUGCAGGAACAAAUGGGAGGUCUGGACUACCAGGAGCUCCACGGCCGAGUGAUGAACCUGGAGGACCGGCUGAGGGCCUGCAUGCAGAGGCUGGCAUGUGGGAAGCUGACAGGAAUUUCUGAGCCAAUCACCAUCAAGUCGUCAGGAUCUAGGUUUGGAUCGUGGAUGACUGACCCGCUCGCUCCGACUGGAGACAACAGAGUGUGGUACAUGGAUGGUUACCAUAACAACCGCUUUGUCAGGGAGUAUCAGUCGAUGUAUGACUUCAUGACGACGGACAACUUCACAUCUCACCGCUUGCCUCACCCCUGGUCCGGCACUGGUCAGGUGGUUUAUAACGGAUCCAUUUAUUUUAACAAGUUUCAGAGUCACACCGUCAUCAAGUUCGACUUCAGCACAUCCCUCAUCAGCCGCUCCCGGCAGCUGGACUUUGCUGGCUACAACAACAUGUACCAUUACUCCUGGGGGGGGCACUCAGACAUCGACCUCAUGGUGGACGAGGGGGGGCUUUGGGCCGUCUACGCUACCAAUCAGAACGCUGGAAACAUCGUCCUCAGCCAGUUAAACCCAAACACUCUGCAGAUCAUCCGCAGCUGGACCACCAACCACCCAAAACGCAGUGCCGGCGAGGCAUUCAUGAUCUGUGGAACCCUGUACGUUACUAACGGGUACUCCGGUGGAACCAAAGUUUACUACGCCUACUCCACCAACUCCUCCACCUACGAGUACAUCGACAUUCCUCUGACCAACAAAUAUAGCCACCUGUCCAUGCUCGACUACAACCCUCGAGACAGAGCACUGUACGCCUGGAACAAUGGCCACCAAGUUCUUUAUAACGUCACUCUUUACCACAUUAUACAAUAACACUAAAUAACAAAUACAUAAAGUUACCCUCUAAAACACAGUAACAUAUCUGCCACCCCAGAGACAGAGCGCUGUACACCUGGAAUAAUGGCCACCAUGUCCUAAAUAAUCUUACUCUUAUAAUCUCACCACAUUAUACAGUAACACUAAAGAAUAAAUUCGAGUUCCCAUAAUGUUACCCUCUAAAACCGCAUUUCUCAAACUUUUUCAGACAAAGGACCAUAUUACAAAUUAUAGCUAAACUAAAGAGCAGUUUUACAAAAAGCUUACUCAAGAAUUGUCUCUAUUGCCAUAUUAAUGAAAAAAAUGGUGUUGCUUAUAACUAUGAAUGUUAAUCCUUCCAUAUUUCCUUAAAAUGUCAUGCAAAUGUAUUGUGAUGUAAAUUGGAGGCACUGUCGCAAUAUGGUCAGCUUCAUUGCUGAAGUCCGACAACACAACAGAAAAGCCAAUUCAAAUAAUGAUAAUGUUUGAAUUUAAAGAUAAGUUUAUUUAAUAUUGAAAACAACACAUACAUGUUCCUCACUGUUAGGCUUUGGAGUUGCUGGCAGACAGUUUGAGAAACACAGUUUUUAAUUUUAAAAUAAAAACUGAAUCUUUUACAGAAUCUAGUCACAGACCAGCAGGGGUUGCUGGUGGACAACCAGUGGUCCGUGGACCACUCUUUGACUAAUACUGCUCUAAAACUUAACACAUCUGCAACCCUUGAGACAGCGCUCUAGUCAAAGUCCUUCAUAAUGUUACUUUACCACAUGAUAGAGUAGCACUAAAGAAUAAAUAGAAUAAGAUUACACAAUAAAUUCAUCUCUUAAAUAAAUCCUCAUGUUCUCUGACCCAUACUGAGUCAAAGGUGAAGAUAGUUUUUCAGGUUCAUGUCUGUACCUCUAAGACAGAGAAAGGUAUGUUAGCUGAGCUUUGAACAAAGACUCAAAGUGAGGGGAAACGGUUUGGUUAUUUCCAUCCAAAAAAAAAUCAUGACACUGAUUGACAUGUUUUUAGCUUAGCAGUUAGCAGUUCAUCCUGUAAUAGCUAGUUUAUUUAAAAGUGCUCUAAGUGAUGUGACCCGUUUUUUAGGCUACACAUUUUUUUGUCACAUACAGCAAACAUCUCCUCACUAUCCACUAGCUGCCUGUCCCCUGAACACACGGUAAAAA